GAGUCAGAAUGAUUGCCAUUCUUCUGCUUAUCAGUGCCGUGUCACUGCUCUACGUCUACCUCAAGUGGACAUUCAGUUAUUGGGAUCGCAAGGGAUUCCCCUCCGCAGGGGUCACCAUUCCCUUUGGCGUCUUGGAUGCUGUCCGGAGAGGAAAGAGGUCCUUUGGAAUGGCCAUCUACGAUCUGUACAACUCUACAAAGGGUCCUGUGGUGGGAAUGUACCUCACCCUGCGACCGGCCUUGUUGAUUCGAGAUUCUCAGCUGGCGCAUGAUGUCCUGGUGAAGGACUUUGCCAGCUUCCACGAUCGGGGAGUCUAUGUGGACGAGAAGAACGAUCCCAUGUCGGCCAGCUUGUUCGCUCUGGAGGGAGCCAGUUGGAAGACCCUGCGGACUAAGCUCUCCCCCUCGUUCACCUCCGGCAAGCUGAAGGCCAUGUUUCAGACAUCUAAUGAUGUGGGCGAUAAGUUGGUGGCCCACUUGGAUGCUCUCUUGCCCAAAACCGGUAGUCAGAAAGUGGAGAUGAAGAGCUUAAUGUCCACUUAUGCCGUCGAUAUCAUUGCUUCGACUAUUUUCGGUCUGGAUGUGGACAGUUUCACGGAUCCCAACAAUGAAUUUCUGCAAAUCAGCAAGAAGGUGAAUCGCAACAAAGUCACGGACAUCAUACGUGGCACAGCUCUGUUUCUCUAUCCAGGAUUGGAGAGUUUGUUCGUCCGGAUCGGCUGGAAACAGGAGGCCACCGAGAGAAUGCGCGAAUUGACCCACCGGACUGUGGAUUUGCGGGAAAAGAACAACAUUGUUCGGAGGGAUAUGCUUCAGCUUCUCCUGCAACUCCGCAACCAGGGAAAGAUCAGUACCGACGAUACAGUUUGGACAGCCGAGAGCUCCAAACACGGCACACAGUCCGUAUCGAAGGACUUCAUAGCCGCCCAGCUGUUCCUUUUCUAUGUGGCCGGUUUCGAAACCACAGCGGCCACUACAUCCUUCACACUCUACGAACUCGCCCAGAAUCCCGAGAUGCUGGCCAAGGCGCAGGAGGAUGUCCGGAAUGCCAUAGAGAAGCAUGACGGCAAGCUGACCUACGACGCUAUACAAGAAAUGAAGUAUCUAGAGGCUUGUGUGAUUGAGACCACUCGCAAGUACCCCGGCCUGCCGCUACUGAACCGAAUCUGCACUGAGGAUUAUCCAGUUCCCGAUUCCAAGUUGGUCAUUAAGAAGGGCACUCCCAUAGUUAUCUCCCUUAUCGGAAUGCAACGCGAUCCAGAAUACUUCCCCGACCCACUUAGCUACCAGCCCGAACGAUAUUUGGAUGGAAAUCAGGACUAUAAUCGGGCUGCCUUCAUGCCCUUUGGUGAUGGACCGCGAGUGUGCAUCGGAGCCCGCAUGGGUAAGGUGAACGUCAAGCUGGCCCUAGCCAAGAUUCUUACCAACUUUAACCUGGAAGUCAGUAAGGAAAAGCGAGAAAUUGAGAUUGGUGUUCAUGGAAUUCCCCUGAUGGCCAAAGAGGGUAUACCCGUAGUUCUUUCUCGAAAAUAA